AGAGUUUCUUAAAGUGGAAAUUAUGAUUUCAUAGCACAUUAUCAGCGCUGCUCUAAAUAACUAUUAUACAAGUUGUUAACGUGUGUUUCCACAAGACAUUUGUUAGUAUAUUUCCUUGCCUUUAUUCCUGAAAUUAUAAAAUCACGACGUUUUGGGUGUACGUGAAGCCAGCAAUAGGCUACAACUGCUCUCCAUCGCCUCCAGUGUUUGUCACUUACCUGUCAUGGCUUCACGUGUGGCUCUCAUUCAAGGGGCAAGCAGAGGACUGGGGCUUGAAUUUUGCAAACAUAUCUUAAAAAACAAAAGCCCUGCAGCCGUUAUAGCGACAUGCAGGAACCCGGACGGAGCGACCGAGCUGCGGGCACUGGCAGACCAACACCCGGGCCAAGUGACGGUCCUCAGGCUGGACGUGAGCCGGGAGGAGGACAUCCGUGGAGCUGCUGACCGGGUUAAGGAGAGCUUCGGUCGGCUGGAUCUGAUCGUCAACUCUGCGGCCAUGCUUCAUCCCUCUGGAAAAGGAGAGACCAGUCUGAGAGAGGUCACUGCCCAGGGCAUAAUUUCCACCCUGACGACCAACACAGUGGGUCCCCUGGUCAUGGCCAAGUAUUUUGCCCCCCUCCUUCAGAAGGGUGGAGGUAGUUUCGGUCAACAGCCUGCUGAGAAAGCCAAGCAGCACAGCGGCAUCAUCGUCAACAUUACCGCCAAAGUGGGAUCGAUUGGCGACAACGGUCUUGGUGGUUGGUACAGCUACAGAAUGUCCAAAGCAGCUCUUAACAUGGCGACCAGGAAUCUGUCUAUAGAGCUGGGACGCAGUCGACCAAAGGUGGUGUGUGUGUGCUUACAUCCAGGAACAGUCAACACAGACCUCUCCCGGCCAUAUCACAGGAAUGUACCAAAAGAGAAGUUGUUUAGCACCGAACAAUCUGUAAGCGCUCUGAUGAACAUCAUAGAGACACUGAGUAUUGAGAAGACAGGAAAGGCGUACAACUGGGACGGGACUGAACUUCCUUGGUAGAAACAGUAGAUGGACAAAGAGAGAUUAAUUGUUUUACCUCUCUUCUUGGUGCUAAAUCUCUCAGUGCUUUCAAGACUGUGCAACAAGCUGAACUUAUAAGGACAUUCCUAGUGGAAUGAAAGACAACCUCUUUCAACUUCCUCAGAACCAGACAAAGUGCUUAAAUCAUCUUUAAUAUUAUCCUGUUCAUGAUGUGGAUUUGACACAAUAUGUAUUAAUGAUGUAAUGUAGCACAGUGAGUUUCUCCCUGUUUCCGGUAUUUGAUUUAUGCUAAGCUAACCACCGCUUACUUGUAACUUGAGAUACUGAUCCUCUCAUCUUACAUGCUGCCAGAAAGCAAAUAAAAGCAUAUUCUGAAAAAGUUGAAUUAUUUCUCAAGUGUAACACCUAGACGGAGUUCCACAUAUUCUUUGUUGUGUUGCAUGCAAUAUUUUUUAAUAAAAUCUGAUUUUUCUCGUCA